AUGAGCACCGCCGUCGUUCUGGUCCUUGUGGCUGUUGCUGUAGCUGCUCCCUCACAGGCAGCCUACGGAUAUGCCCCUGAGACCGCAAAUGAGGCACUUGCCAAGUACGAUUUCAACUACGCCGUGAAGGACGACUACUCCGGCAACGACUUCGGUCACCAAGAAGCUCGCGAUGGUUAUAAUACUCAGGGAUCCUACUACGUCCUCCUUCCCGACGGUCGUCUGCAGAAGGUCGCCUACACUGCCAACGUCCACCCCGGCUACGUGGCUGAGGUCAGCUACGAGGAUGAGGCCGAGUACCCUGAGUACAAGCCAGCGCCUUACCAUCCUGAACCUUCCUACAAGCAUGCCCCUGUCUACGAACCUGCUCCUGCCUACAAGCCAAUCCCGGCCUAUGUUUAA